AUGACGUCCUUUGUAGCAGUCGAGAUAGUUGUUGGCGCUCUUCUUAUGCCUUUGUUCGUGGUGGAGAUGACGAACGAUGGUAAGUGGAAACUUGGUCAACUGGCAUGCACGAUUAGGAACUUUUUCAGCGGAUGCACAUGUCAGUUGUCAAUUUCUCACAUCUGCUGUAUGGCAGUGGACAGGUUCCUGGCCAUAAAGCAUCCAUUGUUCUACAGGCGUUUGACCAUGAGACACGCCUUGGUCCAGGUGGGCUUAGCUUGGUUGAUUCCUUUGAUUACAAUGAUGGCGUUCAGAUUAAUGGAUUGGUACAAGGACGAACAGGAUCUAUUUAACUGCGCGGAAUCUCAUAAAAUAUGCACUAUGGCUUUUAACAACGUCUUUUUCUAUGUGACGUUUCCUUUGUUCUUCGUAUUCCCCUUUUUGCUGGCUAUUACUUUAUACAUUGUUAUCUUAAUGGAAGUACAGAACUUUCACAUCCGGACAGCUAGAUUCAAACGACACGGUCAGCCGAAAUGUCUAAGAACUAACAUGAACAAUAAUGCUGCAUCCUUCGAUGUCCAGAGCCAUACUGGCAACGCCAGAAAGACAUCGCUGACGUCUGAUGCCGAAACAAACGCUAAUAACCCGGAUGUUCUCAGAAACGUUUCCAGAGGUGUUCAGAAGCCAGAUCGCAAAAAUUUGAAAGCAUACAAAACAAUUGGUUCACUGGCUAGCUCUUUAAUGCGAAGUGAGAAAAGAAAAAUGUCUAUAUUCAGCAGCAACCAGAGCCUCACCAAACUGAUCAUGACGUCUUUUGUGGCUGUUGAGAUAGUCAUCGGCGCAUUCCUGAUGCCUUUGUUCGUCGUGGAAACGGUCAAUGAUGGUCACUGGAAACUUGGUCUAUUGACAUGUAUGGGAGAUACAAAGAACAAAGGAGUCAAGAUUUUAAAAGAGAUAACAUCAUCAGCAUCAAUGUACUACCCGAUUCUGGCAGUGUGA